AUGAUGAAUGGUAGCAAUGACAUUACGAUGACGAUCGAGCAGGUCACAAGGGCAUUGGAGGCAUUGCACAAUCCAAUGUCAACGUCGGCUAUACAUCAACAGUCACAAGCCUACUUGGAAGAGGUCAAACGUAGUCCUAAUGCAUACACAUGUGCACUGGCUAUCCUCACACAUCGCAACGAGAUCGUCAGACACUAUGGUCUACACAUCAUAGAGAACCUUGUCAAGAACCAAUGGGUCAACGCAUCUGACGCUGAGAAGGAAAACGUCAAGAACGAGAUGUUAUCAUUCGUCUCAAAGAUUAGCGCAAGCGAACAAAAGUUCAUCAAAGAGAAGUUGGUCACUGUCGUGGUCGAGAUUGUAAAGAGGGACUGGCCACAGAGAUGGGCAAACUUAUUGGAGUCACUCAUUCAGAUAUCAUCGAUGGGUGCACCUCAGGCAGAGUUGGUACUGCUCACAUUGGGUCAAUUGCCACAUGAGAUCAUCUUUGACUCGACGUCCACAUCGAUGGUGGGCCUCUCGGAUCAGCGCAAGAAGGACUUGAUGGCGGGCAUCAACCAGGCCAUCACCUCGCUGUUCAGCUUCUUCUAUACAAUGCUCGAGACUAGAUACACACGAUACGUACAGGACAACAACGACACGGUCAACGCCAAUCUCAUCUCUACGCUGCUCUCGACAUUGCACUCGUACAUUGAAUGGGUGCCAGUGACACUCAUCCUACAGCACAAGCUCGACUUUAUCUUUUGCCAGCUGCUCAAGGACCUGCCAUUCAGGGUCAAGGCAGCCGAGGCCUUGCUGCUGUUUGUCAGUCGUCGCGUCGGUCGUCCCGAGGAGAAGGCCGAGCUGCUGACCGUGUUCAACAUGCUCGAUCGCAUCGUUGAGGCCAUGGGCGUCACCACCAGCAAUCAUGAAGCCGACUACGUCUUCCACAAGCGUCUGGCACAGAUGCUCACGGUGCUUGGCACCACGCAUCUGGGCCUGCCGCCCAAGGAAGGCCCGCCCUCCCCACUGCCCCCCAACUAUCACAUCUAUCUACAGCUGAUGACCCAGCUGCUCAAUCACCCUUCGAUCCUGCUCACGAGUCUGGCGCUGCCAUUCUGGUCGUCGCUGCUUAAGUCAACCGAGACGGUCGGCCAGAUACAGAGCUUCUUUGAGCCGCUGACCAAUGAGCUGCUCAACAUCUCACAGACCAAGUUGCUCAAGGUUGGCGACCCUGCCAAGGGCGACCAGACGCCACAGUCCAAAUACUCUGCGAUCGACUUUGGCACUUCACGCGAGUGGGGCAACUUCUAUGGAACUGUUCGCAAUCGUUUCGUGGACGUCAUCAAGCAACUUACAAGUAUAAGGAACGAACAAGCAUUCAACUUUGGAUAUAACAAGGUGAUGGAAUUGAUACCAAACAUUAAGACCAAUGUUACAUUGACACAUGAACAGACAAUGAUACUUGAGUCCAUAUCAUUCUUCCUUGAGAUCAUUGUUGGAUCACUCUCAUCAGACUUCUACCACAAGGAUACCAAGUAUCCACAGUGCACCAAAACAACAGAAUCACUCCUAAAGACACUUUGGGAUUCAACAUUCACCGAUCCAAACGCUACAUCAUUCCAAAUGGAUUGCAUCAAACCAUUCACAUCAUAUUACUCGAAUCAUCCAGAGAGCAUACAGAUGUUGCUCACAAAGAUUGUGCCAAUGAUACCGUUCAAGUCACAGGCAGAUAAUGCACCAGAGCUUGAGGGUCGCCUCUCAAACUCUUCAUUACACUGCAGACGUAGGAUCAUCUCCUGUCUCACCAAUCUCUCGAUGAACAUGACCGAUUGCAUGAUGCCAUUCCUUCCCCAGCUCUACCAAUCGGUGCAGCAGCUCUUCCAGAACAACCUGGUCACCGAGUCGGAGCGUGUGAUGCUCUACUACAUGCUCACUGUCCUUAACAACAACAUCAGCAAUUAUCAGAAGAACUCGGAGUUCCUCAGAGAACUGAUCACACCGGUGCUCACACUCUGGAACUCACCAGAGAUCACUGCCGCAGUGCAGUCGCCAGAGGCGCUGGUCACCUAUCUCGGCCUGCUCCCAUCACAGGCCAGCGAGGACUUCAGCGCAGUGGUCGCACGAAGGAAGAAGCUCCAGUUCGUCGUGGCAACUCUGCAGAUCUUCUGGAAGAAGACAACCCUGCCACCAACGCUGCAGGAGGAAGAGGGUUUCAUCCCAUUCAUUGCCAACGGCAUCAGCUACACAUCAAAAUGGCCAAUCUCAUCAUUCGUCAACAAUGUGUUGCCAAACGUCGUUGCACUGGCACACACUGUUCACGGCCUGUGGAACCCCACGGUGAUCAACAACGUGGACAGCGAGUAUCGUGUCAUCUUCCAGCUGGACGAGGCGAUCACCGCACCCCUGCUCGGUCUGGACUAUCACAAGGACAACAAGACAGAGUCGUCCAACAUCAAGUUUGUUCGCAACUUGUUGGACACGAUGAGAGACGCAUGCUACGAGAUCAUUGGCUAUGGAUUCACACAUGCCGAUGAGAUGUGGUCCAUCGCCACGCUGCCCAAGAUCCUCUCCGACUCUGUCUUUUCACAUUUGGAGGUGUGUGAGAACAGACACAUCAAGCUCAUCAGUCGACACGUGCUCCUCUUCCUCCUAAAGUACUGUCCACAAAAGUUACAGCCACAAUUCUUUGACGCCCUAUUCCCUCACCUACUUUCCAUUCUAUUCAGCAGGAUAAAGUCUGGUUGGGAGGUGAUCAAUCAAAGAUCACAAAAGGAACAUAAUGACUCAGAGACAGAGAUAAUGGAGAUUAUUAAUGAUAAGAUACUGCGAGACUUGACUCUGGAGUUCACGCUUUGGGUUAAGGACUUUACUUUACAUCCAACAAUCUUCAAGAACCCUGAUAUUGUCUCAGGAUUGGUGUAUGGACUCAGUGCUUGCCUACUUUGCACUGAUCAUGGCAUUGUGAACAAAGCCACACCAAUCAGUCUGCAGGUGAUCGAGUUGAUUGGAGACGACCCACAAUACUAUAAGCUGAUUGGCAGCGACAUGUUUGGAAUAUGUCUCAAGGUGCUCAUUCAGAACAAGGUGCCCGACUUGUUAUCCGACUUCAUUGCCGUGGUGCGAGCCAUCUAUGUCAAACUGUUGGGCAAGUCACAGUACCCCAACCAGGUGCUCUCAAUGCUGCCCAACGUCAAUCCAACUGUGCUCAGUCAGCUGGAGGCCGAGGUCACCGCUGCCAAGACCGAGAAGUUGCAAAAGGCCACACUCAAGAAGGUGCUGGACGAGGUGAUUGGCAUCAACAUGUCCAAGUUGAAGAAGCAGUCCAUCCUGGACCUUCCCGAGAAGCUGUUCGUAAGCAAGAUGGCCGGUGAAUCUUUAUUGGACAGCGAGCAGAAGAAUAUUCUGCCAGAGUCCUUCUUCAGUUAA